AUGAUCCAGGCUCAAGAGAAUCCGGAAGAUCGUCGCGUGUCCCGCCAAGAAUUCGAUGCCCACCAUAAGCAACACGAGCGCCACUCCGACAAGCUACGAAACGCGUACUUUGGCCGGAUUUUCCAAGAGUUUGACAUUGAUGAAGAUGGUGGAUUGGAUCAAAAUGAGGUCCGCCAUCUUCUAAAAGUCCGCUUCCUGGUCCGCCCACGAACAAACUUCCCGACCAUCUUCUACGGUUUCGACACCAACCGCUCUGGCGGCCUCGACCUCGACGAGUAUAUGCGAUUCGACUCCGGGUUUCCGUUUGAUCAGUCCGAUCCUCUCAACGCCCAGAACGCCGUCGUGGACAACUCCAUCUUCCAACAAGACAUCCGAGCCGACAGCUUCGUCACCCCGCCGCCCGAAUUCCAAAAAUGCUCUCUCACCGUCUGCGCCCUUUACUCUCUACGCGCCUCGGGCCGUCAACAGGUGGGAUGCGUAGGGGAUGAACGCCGAAAAUCCAAGAGCCACCCCGCCACCCCCGCCCAACAAUACUGUGGUACGAGUGGACCGGUGGACAUGACGAUGUCUACUUCUCUACUCCUGCUCCUAUUUUGCGCCCUAUCUACCGUAUCCUCGGCCUACAAGAUCCUCGUUUUUGCCCCGACAAUCUCCGCCUCGCACAUGAUCUCGAAUGGGCGGAUCGCCGACGAGUUGGCCAAGGCCGGCCACGAUGUGGUGUUGUUUGAGCCGGACUUUCUGAACAUGUGGCACCGGGUGAAGAAUGCUGACCUUGCCCGGAAAUGGCCGGUUUUCGGGUUCAGCGACGUACUGGUGCGGGCUGGUACUGGGUUUUCGGCCGCGUUUGCAGACGAGAGCACACUUACUUACACAAGCGCCAUGCGCGACUUCACGAAGGCGUUCACGACAUGUUGCGCAGAACUGCUAGACAAAGCGGAUGAGCUGGAAAAGCUGAAGGCCGAAAAGUUUGACGCGUUUUUCGGGGAGCAGCUAAAUGGAUGCGGGCACGGAUUGGCAGAAUAUCUGGGGAUCAAGCGGAAAUUCUGGAUAUCGAGUUGCCCUAUAAUGGAUCAUAUGUCAUGGAUUAUCGGCCUUCCUCACCCACUUUCCUACCUACCAUCCGUCGGAAAUGUCGACUUUGGCGAUCGCCCAACGUUUUCGGAACGGUUUCAGAACAUCAUCGAACACCUUGCCAAUCAGAUCGGCUUCGGCUACUACUCUCACUACGCCCCAAUCGAUCGCGAGUUCCGGAAGCGAUUUGGACCGGAUUUCCCAUCGAUAACCUCGAUUGAACGAUCGUCUGACGUCAUCUUUGUCGCUACUGACGAGUUAAUCGAUUUCCCGAAGCCGAUAUUCCCUAAUAUCAUUCAUAUUGGUGGGCUGGGGGUGGAGAAUGGCGUCGUGAAGCCGUUGGAUGAGCAGUUUGCCCUUGAAAUGGAGAAAGGAAAAGAAGGAGUGGUCUUCUUUUCUUUUGGCUCAAACGUGAACACCUCUCAACUACCCGCUGAAGUCAUGAAAACAUUGAUCGACGUCUUCAAGUCGUUCGCCGAUCACCACUUCAUCGCCAAGAUCGAUCGUUACGAUAGUGUGUCACCCCGAUUCGCGGAAGGAGCAGGAAACGUUGUGCUGACCCAAUGGGCGCCACAAAGUGCUUUAUUAAAACACCCACGUCUAAAAUGCAUGAUCGCUCACGGUGGCUACAAUUCUAUUAUGGAGGCCGCACAUGCCGGAAAACCGAUGAUUACGAUACCAUUCUUUGCCGACCAAUUCAGAAACGGUCGCGUGCUUGAGAAAAACGGUUGGGGGAUCCCGGUUCGAAGGCAGGAUUUGUUGGCUGGAGGGAAGAAGCUGAAGGCUGCACUUGAGGAGAUGCUCGACAACACGAAGUAUACCGAAGGUGCCCUCCGAAUUCAAGCCCUCCUCAAAGCCAAGCCCUUUUCGGCCGCCGAGAAAUUAAUUAAAUGGACCGAAUUCGCUAUCGCAUCCGGCGGCCUUCCCGAAUUGAAAACGCCGGCCGGCGAGCUCGGCUGGGUCGUCACCUACAAUUUAGAUAUUUUG